GGCUAGCAACCCUACCCGGUAAAACCAAUCCAACCGUUAAAGAAACUUCAAAUAACAAACAAAAUAUAAAAAAUGAUGAAACCAAUAAAAGAUGAUGACGGAAAUUUAAUUACCAAAGAAGAGAAACAAAGGCAACGAUGAGCUGACCACUUCAAAAAGCUCUUGAAUCGACCACCACCUGCACUUCGUCCAGAAAUACCACCUGCAGCCAGCCACAAAACUACAAGUGAACACAAAUCCUCCUACAGAAGUCGAGGUCCUAAAAGACAUAAGCUAUUGAAAUGCGGGAAAGCAGCAGGAUGAGGUUGAAUCCCGCCAGAAGCACUGAAAGCAGACAUGCUCACACCACUAAUGCAGAAGGUCUGGAAGGAAGGGGAGGUGCCUGCAGAUUGGAAGAAGGGCUACCUGGUCAAGCUCCCGAAGAAGGUGGACCUCAGUGUUUGCAAGAACUGGCGUGGAAUCAUGCUACUGUCAAGCAAAAUAUUAGACCGCAUCAUCCUGUAGAUACUAAACGAUGCGCCGGAUUCAAAACUACGACUAGAACAGGAUGGCUACCUUCAGGAAGUACAAAUCAUGUGCGGACCAAAUUGCAACGCAAUGCUUCGUAUCAUCAUAGAACAAAGUAUAGAAUGGCAGUCAACUCUCCACCUUACCUCAACUUCAUCCACUUUGAAAAGGCCUUCGACAACGUCGACUGAGAAGUAAUUUGGCAGUUACUUCAACACUACGGAAUACCACAAACCUUUAUCCGCCUCAUUCAACAACUAUAUGAAGACGCCACAUGCCAA